UUAGGGGACCCACAUUAAACCAUUACCGUUGGAUUAAGUCGGUUCAAUAUAAAAGGCCCUCGUAACUCUUGCUACCAGACGCUGUUCUUCCCCCUUUCGGUUUCGAAAUUAGGGUUUCCCUCUGUGCUCUCCUUUAAUCCCCAGUUUGGAAGAUGCCUAGGUAUGAUGAUCGUUACGGGAACACUCGUCUGUACGUUGGACACUUAUCAUCCAGAACUCGUACCAGAGACCUUGAGCGUCUUUUCAACAGAUACGGAAGAGUGCGAGAUGUGGAUAUGAAGCGGGAUUAUGCUUUUGUUGAGUUUAGUGAUCCCCGUGAUGCUGAUGACGCGAGACAUUACUUGGAUGGAAGAGACUUUGACGGAAGUCGCAUCACAGUGGAGUUUUCAAGAGGGGCACCUCGUGGCUCUCGGGAUUAUGACAGCAGAGGCCCACCUCCUGGAUCAGGUCGCUGCUUUAACUGUGGUCUUGACGGUCAUUGGGCUCGAGACUGCACUGCAGGAGACUGGAAGAACAAGUGUUACCGCUGUGGUGAAAGAGGACACAUUGAGAGAAACUGCAAAAACAGUCCCAAGAAGCUUAGGCGGAGUGGAAGCUACUCCAGGUCACCUGUAAGAUCCCGUUCUCCUCGUCGUAGAAGAAGCCCAAGCCGUAGCAGGAGCCUUAGCCGUAGCCGAAGCUACAGCCGAUCAAGAUCCCCUGUGAAAAGAAGAGAGAGAAGUGUAGAGGAGAGAUCUCGCAGUCCGAAGAGAAUGGAGGACUCUCUAUCGCCAAGAGGCAGAGACCGUAGUCCGAUUAUGGAUGAUGAAGGUAGCCCAAGGAUCAUAGACGGGAGCCCUCCACCUUCUCCAAAGCUUGAAAAGCCAGCAGGAUCAGACCAUGAUGGUGGUAGCAGCCCUCAAGACAAUGGUAAUGGAAGAAACACUGUUGCCAGUCCUGCUGUGGGACGCAGUGCCGACAGUCCGAGAGAAGACCGGAGCCCCGUUGAUGAUGAUUACGAGGCCAACCGUGCUUCACCUAGAGGAAGCGAGUCUCCUUGACUUUGAUGGCUCAUGGCCUCAGGGUUGCAGGUGCUCUAGCAUGUUGUACUAUUGAAUGAGACUGCCCCAGAUAUUUCCUUUCUCUUUUAUGUAUGUUUGCGUUGGAUCUUCUUAAGUUCAUGUUGUCAGAAGUUCUUUCUUUUUACCCUGUUGAGAUGAUGGUUAAACUUGUAAGACAUAAAAUGGUUGGCUUUUCAUUUUCAGACAAUUUUUAAAAGGUUGUUGAAA